CAUUUUCACUGCCCGCUCCGUUAUAAUCCCUCCCCCCUCCCCUGAUGAGCUCGCUAGUGAGGGAACUCCCGCAUUCACUCCGCAGACCAGACAUAGAUCCAGACGCCGGUACCUGAAACCAUUCUUCACUGGCACUUAUACUUUGGUGCUUCGAGCACAUAAAUACUCUUGUCGUACACUUCGACCUCGAUUGCAGCCUCUCGGCUUCACUUCGCGUCAACAAGAGCGUCAUGCUCGGAAGGCUCUACAGCGGCUCUGCAACAUUGCAGGGCCACGGUUCCGAUUCGACCACGUUUGUUUCCAGAGGCUUCAUGGGGCCAUCGAGGCAAGAUUCUGGGAUCAGUGAAGAGCAUGGACUGAAGGAGCUGAACCGUAUUCGAUCGGGCGUGCGCGCUCCCCGCCGGUCACAAACCCAUUAUGACUACCAAUUGCCGUCGCCGUCGCCUUCCACCACCACACUCACCAUCCACACAAUCCGACAACAGCCUCAGCAAUGCCAGCCUGUCGAGCCCGUCCCUGCUGCCUCGUCCAUUCCUCCUCCGUCGUUCGCCUCCUCGGAGCAGAACCCUCCUAGCCCUCCAGCCCCGUCAGAUGCCUCGCAGCGGCAACCGCCUUCGGCGCGCCGCCCGCCCCUGGGCCCUCCCCGCCGCUCCUACAGCGUGAUGGACUACGAGCCGAUGCCGCACCACCACCGGCCGUCGGCGCGGGGGAUGACGCUGCUGGACCUGCCGCGCGAGCUGCACUAUGCCAUCUUCGACUUCCUCGACCCCAUCGACAGCACCUGCCUGGCGCUGGCCGCCAAGGACCUCUACGCCGUCCACCGCCGCAUGCACGGCACGGUGCCGCUGUCGGCGCGCCGCGGCGGGCCGAACGAGCUGGAGUGGGCGUGGCACCUGGCCGGCGCCAGGUCGCCUCUGCUAGCCUCCAGUAAGAUGGCGGCGGCGGCUGUCAACAAGACGGACGAGAACAGCAACGGCAGUGGCAACGGCAGCGGCGCAUGGGCACUAGCCAAGCUGCGGGUGCGCGGCCAGGCUUACUGCCGCAAGUGCGGCGUCUGCAGGUGCGAGCUGCACAAGCACAUCCAGGACUGGAUGGGCGAGGGCCUCGAGUACUGCUCGGUCAAGCAGAAGUUCGGGCCCGUCGCCCCCGAGGGCUCAAAGCCGUUCUGCUACAUGAGCGUGCCCAAGGACCCGCACCGGUGCGGCAGGCAUCGGGCGAUGAAGUCCAAGGUCGUGCUACAGUGAGCAGGGAAAGAGCAAUGAUGAUACGAUUUAUGGGCACCUCAGCCGAUACAUGAUAUUGGGGCUGGGGUGGGAAAAACAAGUUCGCGCCGCUGAAAGCACGGAUUUCCAUCCAUCUAGGGGAAUUUACUUGGCAUAGAAAUAGAGGCCAUUGUUCCGCAGAUUCGUGGUUUGGGAUGCUGAGGCCGAA